AUGGAUUUAGAUGACGUUACUGCUUCUGGGACAGAAACAUUCCAAUACGGCGAUAAAUUGUUACAAGUUUUAGAGGCAGUCAAUGACGAUGCAUGUUUGGUUGUAUCACUGGAUUCAAAUUGCAUUGGAAAAGUGAACAAAAGAAAUAAGAAAACGAAGAAAAAGAACAUUACUGUUAAUAGUCUGUGUGUAACAGGCAGCCGUGAUUUGUAUGUCACUGACUACAAGAACAAAUCAAAUGUUCGUCUUUCCCCGUCAGGCUCGGUCUCUACAGUAUUAAGUACAGCUCCACUAGAACCUGGGGGAAUCUGUCAAUCAAUUGAAAAAGAACUUCUUGUCUCCUUAAUGGAUGAAAAUUCUGAGCCAUUGCAACUCAACCCACAAAGCCAACGUCUAGUCAGACACGUGACACUAACCGGUGACGUCAUCCGUGAGUACGAGUACCAGGAGGACGGUAAGACCAGGCUGUUUACUCUACCAUGGAGAGUCAGACAAAACGGUAACAAUGAUAUAUGUGUGGUAAACUUGACUAAUGAUGAUAUCAGUGAACUGGUAAUACUUUCUUUCUCUGGAUGUCUUAAGUCGGUCUACCGUGGACAGAACCACAUGAAACAUUUCACUCCAUCUGAUGUAGUGUGCGACUCGGGCUAUAAAAUCAUUGUAAGUGACAUAGACAACAGCCAUAUUCAUGUUCUGAGUCCUGCUGGGGAGUUCUUGAAGUACCUACUGAAUGAGAAUGAAGUAACACGCCCGUCUGCCAUGUCUCUAUACAAAUCCACACUGUGGGUUGGAAACAAAAGAGGAUAUAUUCAUGUUUUUCAGUACGAUACAUAA